GCUGUCUCGAGCUCCGCCUAAUGAGCACUGUAACUCAGGGAAAGUUUGUAGUUGUCCAUAUGUUGUUAUGUGGUUGCUAUAGACUCGGAAACUGUACAUUUCCACAGGGAAAAAUAACAUAAUAGAAAAAAAAAAUCGGCAAAGCAAUAGUUGUGGCUUUAGGGCUGACUUAUGGUGUCAAAGCCACCUUUGGAUAUUGGAAGGGAUAGGGUUACACACUGAAAACGAAUGGAGGUGACGCAGGCUGGAAUGAGUCCCCGAAUGAUUCUUGUGUACUCAUCUGUGAAGAGUUUAAUAAUUGUAUAUUAACGCGGGCAGGGUCAUGGGAUCGAUUUCUAAUGAUAUGUUGGUAGCGAGUACAGACAGUUUGGAUGUAGAAGACGUGGACAACAUGGUUGAAGAUGGAUCUGUGAUUAGCUGUACUUCAGGAGCAGAAAAGAAAUCCAGUAAGAAGAAAAAGAAGAUGGUGCAUAAGUCUACAAGAUCUUCAAAAUCUCCAUACUUCUCUGAGACCCUUUUAAACACAAAGAAAUCUCCAGUUUGGAGAUCACUGCGAGGAACAGGAAGCAUGCAUACAGAAAGUCCUGCAGUUAGAGUGCCAAGGGAAUUAUGGCUUGCAUCUUUGAAAAAAGGGACAGGUUUCACUCAGAGUUUGAAAUCGGAAUAUGAUUCUGGACAUUCAAAUGCUGGAAGCUCUAGUAAUACUCCUGAGUAUUUGAAGGAGGCACUGGGAAUGAAGAAACCCAGACAUUCUCUCCUUUCCACCUCUGGCUACAUGCCCGGUACUCCAGAUUACAAAGACAAAGAAGAAAUGUAUAAUGAAAUACUCGAACAGAAGAAGAUGAUAAACAACCUGAAAUCUGACAUUGAUGUCUUGAGGACAAAAUAUCACAGACAAGAGGAUGAAAUCAAAAAAAAGGAAAAGAGGAUUGAGCAACUGUUGGACCCUUCAAAGAAUCAAGAAUCCACAAGAUGUCUUGUAGAGAAAAAGCAUGGUUGCUGUACGGUUGUUAUAACUCUGAAACAGAAGAUAUUGAAGCUAGAACAGCAGUGCAGAGACCUGGAGAACACAGUCAAUAAAUUACAGGCAGACACAAAGACAUCCAAUAUCGAGGAGUUGAAGAUAGCCUUGGAAGAAUGCUUCGAAGAGAUUCAGAGACUACGGAUAAUGAAUGACACUGCUGAAGCCCAGAAGAAAAGGGCACUUGCAGAACACAGAAUUCCAAGUAAAAGACAACAGAUGCUAAACAGUACAAUUUUACGACUCACUAAGUUGAAUAAGCAGCUACAGGAAGAGGUCAGAUCCUUUAAAUCAGACCCUAGUCAAACUCUUUGCAGUGCCCCUGCUUCCAGCUCUACCAAAGAUUUUGCAGGCUGGAGUAGGGAGGAACUAAUACAGCUAAUUAAGGAGCUGGAUAAGAAACAGGAGGAGAAGAAACCAAAGUCAUCUUUACAUCUGCCUCAGAACAAUGAUGGACACCCACAACCAGUUCAUCCAUCCCCAAAUCCUGAGAAGUCAGAGUCUGAAGAGGAGUGUAAACGUCUCAAAGAGCUGCUGAAGAAAGUGAAGGAAGAUCGAAGUGAACUGCAAACACAGCUUGGCAAGAAAGACAUGGAAAUAAAAGUGCUACAACAGAAAAUCAAUGAGCUAAAAGAAGAAAACCAGCAGCUCAGAACAGCAGCAGCUGAGAACUCUGGGACUUCAUUAAAAGAGCAAGAGGAAAUCAGACGACUUAAUGUUAAGAUUAAAAAACUAGAAGCAGAGUUGGAAGAUUGUCAUCGCAGAGUAGGAGCUGCUGCUGCUGAGGCAUCAGGUUGGAAAGAGGACUCCAGCUUGGAUAAGGCUGCUACAGUUAUUCAGUCUGCUUAUAGAGGACAUUUAAUACGCCUGGAGCACCUGGUGGGAGCAGCCAGCACACACCUACCCAAAUCUUCCACCAGUUUCAGCCUUCAGAGUCAGAGAGAAGAUGCCAACUUGGAUGAGGCUGCUAAAGUUAUUCAAUCUGCUUUCAGAGGACACUUUGAAAGGCGGAAGCAUCUGUUGGGUACAAGCAGCACACAACUGCCCAUGUCUUCCAGCACUCACAGCGUUCAAAUGAAGAGCCCCAGAGGAUUGUUUCGUAAUGGUAACAGUGAAAAGACUACCUCUUUAAAUGAUGAAAUGGAAAAGACUGUGACAGUAAUACAGGCAGCUUACAGAGGACAUUUGGCUCGUACUAAAACAAGAAGUGAUUCUUCUGUUGGAAGACCAAAUUCUGCUGUAUCACAGAGAAGAGAGGCACUACCCAGCAUGAAGACAUCUUUGCUGACAGAGCUGCAUUCUUAUAAUGGAAAAAGUGAAUCCAGCGAUGACAUUGUGGAAGAAGAACAUGAGUAUGAUAAUGAUCUAGAAGAGGAAGAAGAAAAGGCAUCUAGUCCAAAAAUAAAACCUUUUAAUAAAUCAAAUAGAGAACUUUUUAGUCCUAGAAAGUCUAAGGCAGCACCUCCAUUAUUUACAAGAGGUACAGACUCUGAUGACUCUGAUGACAUUAUUUCCUCAUCCCUACCUCUGCAUCGAAAGGGCUCCUAUUUUUAAUAUAGUAGCAAGUUCUUCCACAUUAUUAGGAAGUAGAAACUGGACUGAAUGUUGAUAUGCUUUGAUACAUUUUGAAAUUAUGAUAAAAAAUGACAAUGCUGCUAUUAGUGUGCCUACCCUUUUUUGGAAAGUAAAAGCUGCUUUUGGAUUGCAUUAUGCCCUAAUUUCCAUCACUAAGAUAGACUUCUGAUAAAAAAACGGAUCUGAAAUGUAGAUGCUUUUUUUGUUAACAGUUGUAGGAAUUGGCAUAUAUUUAACAGCUGUUGCAUGUAAUAAAGUAAGUUAAGAUCUA